AUGGCUGAAACCUACCCAUCGGAGACGCGAACAAAGCCCGACAGACCUGUAGCAACGAUCGAUGUUCUACCAGACGAGGUGCUCUUGGAAGUUCUUUCCUACAUUUGGAAGACGCAUUGGAAGACAUUCUUGAAUCUCUCUCUUACGUCGAGAAGACUCAACGUCAUCUCCGAGCCCUUUCUCUAUCACACCUACCGCUACUCUUACCGUAUUAACAAUCUCUCACGGAAUUUCAUCCUUAGCCUCGUUAACCGGCCUCAGCUCGCAUCACACCUCAAGAAUAUCGUGCUGGAAGACUGGGCGAUCCGGACGUACCCAUUAAGUAGAUGGACGGGCCUUUCCGGCCCUCGGUCUCAAGUCUCUCUCCUCUCAGCCGCCGAACAAUUCCAAUUUCCCGCUCAACUCACCGAUAAGUGGAAGGACGAGCUAAAGGAUGACCUCGAUGACGCAAAAAUUGCCUUGCUAUUUCUUCUCACGCCUAAUGUAGAAAAGAUGAAUCUUGUUGUUCCACCAUGCUAUAAUCCCAAAAACUGCGAAAAGCAAGACCUAUGGCUGCUGCGACUCCUCCACUCGGCCGUCAACAACGACAAAGUCACGCAUCUCCACGGAUUCACAGCUCUCCGAAGCCUCCAGCUUACAGGUACUAGUACGCGCGACGGCUUCUGUUUGCGCCAAUUCGCGCCUUUGUUCUGCUCGCCAAGCUUACGGACAUUCUCAGCGACCAACUGUCUCGAGAUGGGAAGCAUGAGCAACUGGAAUGAGAUCCAAAACACCUCCCAUAUCGAAUCCAUCACAUUCAACGGAAGCCAGCUCAGCAUGGACGCAAUCAAGUGUGUACUAGGAGCCUGCAAGGCAGUCAAGUCGUUCGACUUCGAAUGGAAGUGCAUCAACCUCCAGGCAGAAGAAGCCCCGCUUCUGGACUAUGCGAUACUGGAUGAGGCACUACAACUGCAUAUGCGGUCGCUCGAGAGCCUCAAGAUACGCUUUACGGAAUCCUGGCGUGGGGAGAUGUGGGCAGUGGACACCGGCGUCAAUUCCUGCCUACACUCGCUGGGCAAGUUUCCAAAUCUGAGAAUGGUUGAUGUAGCUUCGAAUGCUUUGCUUGAAUUCGAUGCAUCUACGCAGGCUGCUUCGCAGGGUGACUUAUCACACCUGAGCAAUCUUCUGCCUCCUUCGCUCGAGAAGCUGGUGCUCAAUUAUUGGGAGUCUAUACCGCCUCCAGAAUAUAAUCCAAGGUUUGAACACCUUAGGUAUCUAGCAGCGGAAUGCUCGCUGUUGCUUCCGAAGUUAAAAUCUUUGGAGAUCCACACACAUGGUGAAAAGGAGCAGGGUUGGGAGGAUCUAGCUAUACAGUUCGGGAAUAACGGUGUCAAAUUUUCCGUGACUGGGCGCGUUUAUCGAAGGCAGAUGGCGGGUUAAAAAGAGUCCAUCAUUCAUGUAGCCCGGAUCCGUGGCGUGUGACUGAGUAGAGAACUGGUGAUUCUGGUUCCUGGGUCUAGGAAAGAAAUGGGCAUGAAGAGAUGAUGAAUGAUAACCCGGUUUCUGACCUGCGCCUGGCCCGCACUGCUCAUCCAUCUGGUGGGGAAGUUGGGAAGCAGAACUAGCUAGACUUGUUUAGGUUUGAAAGCAACGGUUUGCAUUCAACAAGCUCGGUCUUCAGGUCAGAUCGUACAGCUGACAAGAGAUCAUUAUCCACAUCGUGGCCAGCAUAUACGACCCGGUAGGUGUAGAAAUCGAGUAUAACGUGAACGAGCGGCGUAAUAUCGUGAUGAAUAGCUGCAGAGUGCUGUUCGAGAGGGGCAAGAUGGUUGAGCAAAGAGUCUCUCUGGAGGUAAAUGGGCGUUCUCAAGGGGUGCUUGGCACGGCUUGUCCUGAUCUUGAG